ACUAAAUGAAGUUAUUGCAAGUUUUUGAUCAGAUGAGUUAAUUCAAGAUGGCGUCCUUCAGCUGCAAAAUAAAAAUAGACAUGUUAAUUAUUGCGAUCAUGUAUUUUUCUUCUUCCUUUGCAUUUCCAGUUCCACUGGUGUCUUGGAGUUAUGGAGAUAGGUCAGUUUCUUCCCCUGAAAAAGUGCUGUCUGGGCAUAGUGUGGAAGCAAGCAAAGUAUUUCAAAGCAACCUUCAACCUUAUACUGAAGAUGGACAUAUAUUGUUUACCUUUUUGCAAGACGAGCUAAGUGUAGAUGAUUUCACCAAAUACUCAUCAUCGUUUAAGCAUCUUCAAAAGAACAUUCAAUCCACAAAAUCCUCAGUUUUCCCAUCAGUUUCUCAAAAGGAGCAAAGCAUUUUACAACUUGUGAAAAACAACGCUAAACUUAUUGAAGUCUACAGUAAUGAUUUAGAAAGAUGGUCAUUGAACGAUCUUCCAACAGAUGCUAAUUGCGUCUUAUUUCAUCUGGAACCUGUAGCAGGCAGUACUGUGGAAGGAAAAAAACAGAUUUUUGAACGAAACGAUGCCUUAAUGGCACAAAUAUUAAACCAAGUGAAAUCAAAAGUGGAUAACUUUGGUGUAGUGUAUACAGCAGAACAGCCAUCUGAGAACAUUGCAAAUCUGUUAGUGAAUGAGCAGCUCAAGGGAAGAAAUCAUGCAAUGCGUCAACUUUUGGAAGAUAAGACAAGUGCAGAACCUUCAUCUGGUCGUCUUUUUAACAAUUCAGGCAUUGUUUUUCUUUAUCUCAAGAGCCUUAAGUUUGGUGACAUAAAUAACCAAACUGAGCUGUUAAAUGCAACUGCCAAAAAAAGUAAAAGCUCUGUAUGUAGUGAAGGUGCAUGCAGCAUCAGUGUAAAUGCGACACAUUCUUCUGGAAAUAUUACAAAGUUUGAAAUGCUUAUUGAAAUGAAGACCGACAAUGUUACUAAUGAAUGGUAUUGUGAUGUUAUCACGGUCAAUGGGGCUAUCAAUGGUAAAGAUUUCCCAGCACAAAACUACCCAUGUGGCCAAUAUACAAAUGUUUCAGAUUUUGAGUCUGCAACAUACAGUUCUAUACGAGCACCCAUUGGCAUGUCAUAUGGUUGUCAUGAUAUGUUUUUUAUUGAUGGUAAUCAAACUGAAUAUACACUGUCCCUUGGUGGAUUACAGUUGCAGCCACACAUCAAAAAUGAUGCUUUUGGAAAUUGUUAUCAUUGCGUUGGAUUCUUCAGUUUAGAAAUUCUGACAGGAAUAGUUGUUGUGGCUGUUCUGUUGAUCGGAUUAAUGAUCGGAUCAAUGAUGAUGAUGGCAAUUCAAACCCAAGAUAGAUUUGAUGAUCCAAAAGGCCAAACUAUUUCUGUUCCAACACAAGACUAAACACCAAUAGAACUAAGCUUUUUAUUUGUCUCAAUAUAGUAUCUUAUUUUGGACUUUUUAACACUAUCUGAAAGGUCUAACUGUUAUCCAUUUUGUCAAUGUAUGUUGUUCUGGACUUGUAAAAGGUCUCACUUUUAUGUCUUAUGUCAUACUAAUCUGUUUUUCUAGCAUUUCUUAUAUAUUUUUAAUUUAAUUACUAAAUAAAUUUAUUCUGCAUUUCUGAAAAAAAAUUUCAGGAUUAUAUUUUAUUGUUUCCAUGCAUUAUUUGAACUUCGGUGUACAGGGUUAUUCUGUCUUUUAAAGUUAUUUCCUUAAGAUGGAAUUGAAUUAAGCAGUUUCUUCUUAACUAAAGUCUGCAUAAAUUUGGUUUUGUGAUUAAAAUGAAUUUAGAAUAAUUUGUUUUGCUUUUGAUUGUCGCACAGAAAUGUACAUGUUUUGUUUCUAAGAAAUAUAUUUUUUUUCUAA